AUGCCUGCACAUAACAAACGAAAACAGCAACCCCCUCAACGAGUCAACAACCUCGAACUGCUCGCCGAAGGAAAACAAGAUCGGGAGUACAAACGAAAAUUAGAUAAAAUCUCAAAGGACAAGCAAGAAAAGAAGAAAAUGACAUUUGCAUAUCUGAAAACAAUCAAGAAAAUGGGAUAUGAUUUUGAGGAAUCAAUCACGGAUCACAAACGCAAGUUGGAGAAGAUGAAAAAGAAAAAAGAAACACGAAAAGAUCCCUUUAAAAAAGAAAGAGAGGAAUUCGAAAAGAAAAAACAAGAACAACAGGAGGCAGUUAAAGAGAAAUUAAAGAAAAAAGAAGAAUUACAAAUGAAACAUAUUGAAAGAGAAAAGAAACGAAAACAAAUGCGCAGAACCAAUCACCGAGGUCAACCCGUUUUUAAACAUCACAUGCAUCAAAUUUUGAACAAGUUAACAAGCGAGGAGAAAAAAGAAUAA